CGGUCCGAGCGCGAGCACCGUGCAUCAUUGCAUGCUGCAACGUUCCGAUCUAGCAUCGCUUACGGUGGGCUCAUCUUACGAGCUCAUCCGACGAUAUUGCGAGGCUACGUGGUGUCAAAAAUUCGAUCUUGCCGAAGAGGAGCAUUUAAAAUCGAGCUGAGCGUGCACAGAAAAGGACUGCUCAAUGAGUACAGUGACAGCCGAAGACGUCACCUUUCUAAGGGACUCCGUCAGGGCUCGCAAUAAUUUUCACGGACAAUCAGCAGUACACAGUAAAGUCACAAACCGAACAAACGAACGUACAUUCUCUCGUCCUCGUGGCCGCGAUAUCUCGCGGUUGAUUCGUCAAUUCGCUCAUUCAAUCUCGUGAACUCUCACACGUCGUGAAUCGUUUCGCUUCAUUACACAUCGAGUCGUCUUGUUUUAUUACGUCGCAAAUUAGACAACCUCGUGGGAAAAGUCGAGAGAGUCGAGCGAGAAACUUUUAAUAUGAGUACAGAGGUUAAUGGGGAACACAUUUCCAAAGUUUGACGACCUACUUCAGAAACGCCUUAUAUCGGAGGGGGGAGGGGGCGCUAGUCUGGCCCCUCGAUGGCUUCUUCCACUUGGCACUUACGGCGAAGAUUAUACCAUUCGAAAUUUCUCAGAGAACCUGCGGCCGAGAGGUAACUUGCCAUAAAGCCUCAGCGGUGGGGGGAUGGGGGUGGAUUGCGGACGAGCAAAUAAACAUUUACUUCAUCGCCGUCUGCAAGUGUCGGAAGAAUCGGAGGGAGAACAAUUGCGGCACGAUUUCAAGUGGGAGUGAAGAAGAAGAGCGAGGAAAGUGAGAGGUGCGCGUCUCGGUUGAGGUUCGAACAAUGUACAAACUGCAUCGGCAACGUGAGAGCGUCGAUGGCGUCGGGACGCCAACAGCAGAAAUUGAAAAAACUAUCUUUAGAAGCACCUCGGAUCGACGCGAGGACCUCGCUCGAGCGUGCUAUCGAUCGUAACUGGAGGUUCUAAUUCCGCGGACCUCUUCGAGGCUCGUCAUGCUGGUCCCGGAAGGCAACCUUACAUCCUGGAGCAGCAACUGGACGACAAUGUUGCAUCAGGUAUCCUGCAACGACACACUUCUGGACUGCGCCGAGAAGUGCGACGUCGGUUCCGGCGGAUUCGACCACCUUUGUAUGGUCGAAAAGGGAACCUUCGCCUCUUCAAUGACACUCUUUUGCACACCUUGCGAUUACGCGACUUGCAACGUCAACGUAUCAUUGCUCCUCAACGGCCUCGAAAGUAUCGAGGGUAUCUUUUUAUCCAGGAUACCCACAAGGGAUUGUAACGCCACGUCAUUCGCCGAACAAAUUCUGGAGUGUACUCCGGCUGGAGGCAUCGUGGAGGAUUUGGCCGUGUCCUGCUCGCACCGAUCCAGGAUCGAGGGCGCCGGCAACAAGGCUCGUCGGUUCGAUUGGAGCUUCCUGUUCGCGGCGGUGUUCAUAGCCGCCGGUGGACUGGGAAAUAUAUUGGUCUGUCUUGCAGUGGUACUGGACAGGAGGCUCCAUAACGUGACGAACUACUUCUUGCUGUCGUUAGCAGUGGCCGAUCUCCUCGUGAGCCUCUUCGUCAUGCCGCUGGGUGCCAUACAAGGAUUUCUAGGGUAUUGGCCGCUCGGCAUGGUGUGGUGCAACGUAUACGUGACGUGCGACGUGCUGGCGUGUUCCGCGAGUAUAAUGCACAUGUGCUUCAUCUCCCUCGGCCGUUACCUGGGGAUCCGCAAUCCGCUCAGGACACGUCACACAUCCACGAAACGUGUGGUGGGCUUCAAGAUCGCCGCUGUCUGGCUGCUAGCCAUGCUGGUCUCUAGCUCCAUCACGGUGUUAGGUAUAAUCAACCCCUCGAACAUCACGCCGCGGCCGGGAGUAUGCGUCAUCAACAACCGGGCGUUCUUCGUGUUCGGCUCUUUGAUCGCCUUCUACAUACCCAUGAUCGUCAUGGUGGCGACUUACGUGCUGACGGUGCAGCUGCUUCGCAAGAAAGCGCGUUUCGCGGCCGAGCACCCCGAAGGCGAUCAGUUUCGCAGAUUGGGUGGUAGGUACGCGUCCGCGAAAACGUCCUCCACGGCGUCCUCGUCAUCUACAACUACGACUACGAUCACCGCCAUGAGAUCGUCCACCUCCUCGACCAGGCAGGUCCGCGCUUCCGGAUGCAACGCGGAGAAGGAAAGCGACGACAGAUGUGUCGGCGUGAGAAAGGUCCUGCCACAGUUAAAGUUCGCGGUGAACGGCGCCGGAAGUCCCGCCGCAGGACCUCAGCUCAAGUCGAAAGUGGAUCAGGCGACCCAAACGCCGGAGAACAUCGCGCGCGAAACAAGGAACUUCACCUUGCGAGCACUGAAACUGCAGUUGAAUGUCACACCGACCACUCUGAAUCUCAGAUUCCUGGCGGGGCGAACAAGAAAGAGAUCCUUAGCCGCGAACGCGGUUGCGACCGAACAGAAAGCUAGUAAGGUUCUCGGACUGGUGUUCUUCACAUUCGUGUUGUGUUGGGCACCGUUUUUCCUGCUUAACAUCUUUUUCGCCGCGUGUCCCACGUGUUCUGUGCCAGGACACGUGGUAGACACGUUCCUCUGGUUGGGUUACGUGUCCUCGACAAUCAAUCCAAUCAUCUACACCAUCUUCAACAAAACCUUUCGAGCCGCGUUUAUUCGGUUACUAAAAUGCAAAUGUUCGAGAUCCGCGAGACUCCCGAGAUAUCGCUCAGUCACGGAGAGCGGAAGGGGCGCGAUGGGCUUGUGCACGUCGGGUGCGCUUCCGUUGGCCAUCAGUUUCCAGGGUACACCCUUACUAACGCCGUCGUCGAACCCUACGCCGACACCAGCGUCCGGUAGCUCUUUCGUGGCGAUGAUGCAUCGAACAACGGACUCAUUGUAUCGAGACACCUUUCUGAUUCACGAGCGCGAUCAGACCGAUUAAUUUUCUCCGUCGCGACGAACCAACUGAUCGUCGGCCGACAAGUUCCGCAGGACAAUUCCAUUGAGUACUUGUCAAUUUUUUUAAAGACGCAUCAAGAAUAAAUGUUAUAGCUAAAGUUGAGCUUAGGGAUCAAAUUCAUGUACGAAGCGAAAUAAAGUAAUAUCACUUUACUGUUUUGACACAAA